AUGCCGAAACCGACACCCGUCGAAGAUCUCAUAGUCCCUCCACAGGACACUAAAAUAUGUGGAACUAUCUGCAUAUGUCAGAUGACAGCAGUCUUGAGUGCUGUCGCCAUAGUGUAUCUAACAGUCGCCAUAUAUAUGCCGUACAAUAGAGCCAACGCGUCCGGAAUUGAUCCUACACCAAUUAUGUGCACCACAACACGAGCUGUCAACAAAGAUAAUUGUGAUUGGGGAUCCUGUGGUGAAUGGUGCUUGAGCAAGACCUCUGGAGCCUGCAUCCAAAUCUACGUCAAUGUUAGAAAGAAUGGUACCUCUUUACUGUUAUCUGAAUGUGGAAGUGCGGCAAACAAAACUUGCUUUGGAAUAGAUCAAGAAAAUGCAAAGAAAUAUCAUUGCAUCAGGGACGAAUGUAGAAACUUGACAGGAACAUUCAAUUGUACCGAAGGAAAGUGCAUCAAUAUUACGGACGCUUUUGAGUGUGCCUUCAGAGAAACAGAUCCACCAUUGAAGUGUUCUGGAAGAAGAGGAAAAAUUACCUGUAUAGAUGUUCAAGGACUGUUUUAUUGUAGCCGAGGCACUUGUAGAAAAAUUAGAACACCUUACAACUGCGAUCGUAGAUGCGUUGACAUUCCUACCCGUAAUAAGAAUGUUAUAGUGCUAAGUGGAGACAGAGUAUUCUUAGCAAGGUGUGCAAAGCUAAUCCAAGAAGACAAAGGGGACGUGGUUUGGACAGAUUCAGGAGAAGAGGUGUUAAUGUUAUCAUGCCACACGAUUCAUAAUGGGAGCUCAGGAGUGGUUGCAACCGAUUGUAUCAAUGCUGCAUUGCUACCACGUACAGAUAUAGCAGACCUAACGAAUUUUACAUAUUUACAAUAUUUAUAUCAAUCAAGAGCAGUGCCAAACCAUGUCAUAGCACCAUCAGAAGUAGAACUGACAUUGGCCAACGACAGUAAAUUGAUGAUAAACUUAGAAGGGUGUGUGAAUACUUUGGCUGAUGAAUGCAAGGAAUUCUUGAAAAAUUAUGGUCGAGAUGGAGCUGACCAUAACGCAAAAGCAAGAUUCCCCUGCUUCUACACUGAAAAUAACCCUGACACGGUUGUGUCAAGGUUUGACCUAGAUUCAACGUACCGCCAAUUUGUAGUAGCUCUCGUACUUCCGACAGUGUUGGUAGUCGUUUCAUGUGUAACGUUAAUGUUGUGUCAAAAGACCGUUGAAGUUGGUGAUGAUGCUAAGAUGAGAUUUAAGGGAUGCAGUGCUGGUCAAGCUGAUAUGCAAAUGCAUCCAAACGAUCCUGUUUCUCCACUCUGA